UGCAACAGAAUCAGAACCAUAAUCUGAUAUCAUAGAGAGAGAUUGAAAGAGAGUAACAAUAAUCAUCCAAUUCUUGAGAAUCUCUCUCCUAUCACUUUCUAAAAAGUUUCCUUGUUCCAAUUCCAAAGCAAGAGCAAAAAACAUGGCAGCCUUUUCAUCAACAUCAUUUCAGCAGCACCACCCUUUUCUCCUUGACUCUCUCAAUUUCCUCCCAAACUCCUCCACCAUUCAUCACCAAAACCUAAUCCAAACCACAGCCAAUGAUUUUCUCCCCAACAUGGAUAACAAUUCCUCUUCAAUUGUGACUGAUCAUGAUAAGCAUGAAAGCAGUGACCAAAUCACUCAACAACACUUCAUGGAUAAAAAGAGGAAAUGCAAGCCGCGGUCUUGUGCGAAUUCUGCUCAAUCCAAGGAUAAGAGAGAAUUGAAGGGAAAGAAGCAGAAGAAAAUAAAAGAUGAUGAAGAAAAGAAGAAUAAUUCCAAGGAAAAUAAAGCUGCAGACUACAUACAUGUAAGGGCUAGGAGGGGCCAAGCUACUGAUAGUCACAGUCUUGCUGAGAGGGUAAGGAGAGAGAGAAUAAGUGAAAGAAUGAAGCUCUUACAAACUCUUGUUCCUGGUUGUGACAAGGUAACUGGGAAGGCCCUCAUGUUGGAUGAAAUUAUUAAUUAUGUCCAGUCCCUCCAAAAUCAAGUUGAGUUUCUCUCGAUGAAGCUUGCUUCUGUGAAUCCCAUGUUCUAUGACUUUGGGGUGGAUUUAGAAUCAUUCAUGGUCAGGCCUGAUCAGGAACUAAGUGACUUGCAAUCUCCAAUGCCAAGCAUGCAAGAAUGCAGCCCCACAACAGCCAAUAACUCUAAUUUUCUUGAAAAUCCUAUUUUAUUUCAACAACCUCAACUUCCAUGUGUCCUCCCACACCCACAGGGAAGCAGACAGACCUUGUGGGAAGUGGAUGAGCAUAGGAUUCAACAACAGCCUGUUUUCAUUCCAUUAAUAUAAAUUCCAGCAUCUGCCCUACAACCAUCUGGUAUGUUGUAAAAAAUUGAUAUUGAUCGAGGAAGGACAGUGGGAAAUCAAAGCUAAUGCUCAUAAUAUUUCUAAUUAAAAAAGGGGCAAAAACAAUUCAAGUCGCGUUUAUAGAUUUUAUGAGUAUCAGAUCCCUUUGUUCCUCUUUAGAAUUUGACUCUCAAAAUGGCAGCACAUUUUCCUGUGCUUGUAAAUUUAGGCACAAAUUAUGUAAUAGGAAAAGAUUUAUAACUAGCAUUUCCAUGCGUUGAGAAUAUUGUACUGUAUUUAAUUAAUGUUGUGAAUUAGUAUAUUAUAUUCUUGCCGACA